CCCCGCCGCGGCUCCGCUCCUCGGCCGGUCUCCGUGUCGGAUUGUGCGGCCGGGGGGACUCGGUGGCUCCGCCAGCUUCUCCUUCCCAGCCCCGGGACUUCCCCGCGCACCGGGGCUCCCCGCGGCCCUCCCCGACGGAGCGCGAACCGGGCCCGGGGUCUUCCUAGCGCCGCGUUCAGGGAGGGGCUUCUGAGCGGGCGCCCCGGACCCCGCCCGGCAACGGGCGCCUUGCCCCACGGCCAGGAGGUCUGGGUUUGGGUCUCUGGUUUUCUGGGAAAGUGGAUUCUUUCCAAGUAUUCCCUUUCCUGUGCGAGCCGCGCGGACACCAGUGACACAGCGGUGCUGGCUGCCUGUGGAGGAAGCCCCCAUCAUCCCUGCACCUGCCCGGGACACCCUCCACUCUGCCGUCGGGCCCGGAUGGGGCUUUCUAACUCUGGAAGCGAGUGGGAAGUCCCUUGGAUGGCCCUGGGCAGCCCCCGCGCAGGGUCAGCGGCCGGUCACUCUCCCGCUUGCCUCAGUUGUUUGCACUGACCAGUUCUGAGCACUUGCAGCCCCAAGAAACACGCUGAGUUUGGUGAACAAGGUGACCCGCUGUGAGGAGCCUCUUCCCGGGGCAGGGGCAGGCCCCACUCGGGCUGACUGUGUGCUGCGCCCGGCUGGUCGCCACGCCCUGGUGCUCACGGCUGGAGGCUUUCCCUGCCGCCUUCAUAUCCUGUGCCGUCCUGCACGGGGCCUUUUGGGGAAGAGCUUCAGAGCACCUGCUGCGGGGGUGUGCAAACGCCUCUCUGCCUGCGACACCGCUGACCCUGAUGGGACUUGGGUGCUGUGUUGCUGGGGAGCCAAGCGGCUCCUCUGUCCGGAACACAUGCACGUAGCUAGGGAGUGCGUCUGGGAGCAGUGGGAUUUCUCUGCCUUCUCCGUCUCAUAAUGCUUUAGGAGGGUCACCCACGCUUCAGGUGCUUACUUUACCAGGAGUCCCUAAAUGUCCACCCCCGACCCUACCUGUCUCCUGCUCUCCGAGGGCCGUCACACCUCUGCUGUUACUCCAAACCGUGCUGACGGGCUCACGCGCGGCGCGCCCCGUUUCACACCCACCCGCGGCCUCGUGCCUUUGCGCCGGCAGCGUGUCGGCCCCCUCCGGUCCUGCUUGGCUGGGGUGUUGCUGUUUCAUGUGCUCCUGAGUAGCUGGCCUGGCCCUUCCUGACGUACCUGCGAGACUCCUGGGCCCCCUGCUGCCUUCCUUCCGACCUCUUCAUUCUCAGGGACCGCCACUGCUCUGGGGGUGAUGUCCCACAGUCCCGCUGGCAGCUCAGGCCUCACAUGUUUCUGGCUCUUCCUCGGCUUCUCAGAGUUGUCUGCUCCCAGCCUGGUCUGAAACUCACCCACCCCAGCUUCGCUCUGUGCCCCCGAGGGUGCUGAGCCUCUGCCCACCACCCCCGUCCGAGCCGACCCGUCUGGCAGCACUCCAGGUCUACACCCAGUGGCGCGAGCCCCCGGCUUUUGAUCUCUCUGUCACGGCCAUUAAGCACCUCAGCAGAUAAUGUGCGGCGGGCCCCCACUCAUGAGCCGAGCAGGUACCUAGAUCGCGCUACAUCUGUGCUUACGCUCCGCAGCUUCCUCUUUCACAGUAAGUAGAGCCCAGACAUCUCACCUCAGCUGUGAGGCCCUGUGGGGCCAGCUCCCGACCCCCUCUGCCACCCCUCCCACUUACCACACUGGAGCCACACCUGUUUGUCACCACGGUGGCCUUCUUUCUCUUCCUCAGACGUGCAAGCUUUUUCCUCCUCAGAGCCCUUGCUCUGGCUGCUUCCCCAUUCUAGAGCACCUUCCCCAUGGUCCCAGGGCUCCCCAGACGUCUCAGUGCUGACACCGCCUUCUUGGAGAGGCCUUGCUCAACUGCGGGCUCCUUGUGUGGUUUGCCCAGACACACACCAGACACCUUCAGUGGGCUUCCUGGCACCAUUCUCUUCACCAGAGGGCUGGGCCCUGUCUCUGUCCCCAGCGCGGUCAGCGCCCACGUGCACAGCGACCUGAGAAGGGGACAGAAGAUGUGGCAGAGGAUACCAGCAGGAGGAAGUGGUCUCCAGUUUGGUGGGUCAUGAAAGGUUUCCCAGGCAGAGUGGGCGGCUUCGGGCUGGGCCCUGAAGCCAGGUGGGCCGGAGAGCAGGCCCAUCAGCUCUCCAUCACGGGCCUCGGUCCUGGUUCCCCGGAUUGUUCUAGAUUGAGGCACGUUUGUUUCCCUCCUGCUCCCUCUUCACUACAUGACAGGACAUUAGUGUUGGUGUGUUUCUUUUUGGUCUCCCGUUAGAAAGGAAGCUCCAUGGUCAGGUCCAUGGUCAGGGCCUCUGGGGAUUUACUGGACGCUUCAUGCCCGGGAGCAGGAAGGAGCAGGUCCUCAGUACGUGUGUUUGGAAGGGAUGCUUGAGUUCCCGGGCGCUCGGUGCGCCACGCUCCGUGUGCUGUGCCUGGGCCAGCAUGCCUCUCUUCCACGGUGAUUUGAAAGAGGGAUGGGAGUCCGUUGAACGUGGGAAUGAGUCUCCGAGCUGUGAACAUUCAAGAAGGUGGCUUGGGCCAGAGCCCGGGGUGGAGGGGAGGGCAGGCGCCAGGCACGGACCUUGGCUCCUGUGAGCUGCUGGGUCACUUCUCGGAAGCAGUCUGUGCUGCCUGCUGCCUGUCUGUUGUCCCCGUGUUCUGCACUCAGAGCUUGGUGGCUUUGAGACGUAUGGGCUUCUUUCCUCCAGGCGGACAUCUGGACGUCCACGAACUCCCACGUCUUUUCACUAUUUGUCUGCGUGUUCCCUGUGCCAGCGUCCCCUGUGCCAGCUAGACCCUUGGGGCCUGGGUCUCCUUUCUUCCUACUUUCUCAGUCUAGGCAGCUCUGCCUGGUGGCCAUACCAAGGCCCUGGGGAAGCUGAAUGGAGGCUGAUUUGGUUCCUGUCAGAUUCUUUUUUUACCCCCCCAGAUUUUAUUUUUAAGUGAGCUUUACACCCAUUGUAGGGCUUGAACCCCAACCCCGAGAUCAAGAGUCACACACCAACUGAGCCAUCACGGCAUCCCGGUUCCUGUCACACUGUCACCCCACAGCCCCUAUCUGGCCCUCCUCGCAAGCCUGUCUGUGCGCAGAGUGUGGGGAUGGCCCGCUGGUCCGGGGUCUGCCUUUGACUUGUCUGCUGGGUCAGCACCCGUAGGCCGUGGUCUGCCAGCUCUGCCUGGAGCUGAACGGCAGCAGAGCUGGUGUUGAUGUUUGGGCUCCAUGUGGGCUGUGGCUAAGCCAGCUCUUCCAGAAUGUUCUCCAUGGGUAACCGCUGCUCUGGUCAAGGGGCUUUCCAUGCCCCAGAUGUAAUCAAAUUUGCCAUAUUUCCUCAACUCCUCUGGGGGUCACAUUCAUAAGCAUCUUCCCAGAGUUCUUAGGAACAGUUAGUCUCACAGGAAAAGGCAGGGGCAGCCUAGGGUCACCUGUGGAAAGUUAAGGCUCCUCCAGAAAGAGGAUUUUGCCCAGCCAAGGAGUCUGUCCUAUAAGGAGCCUGACUUCAUGCUGAGUCAUGGCCCAUGUGACUUCUGGGUUUUCUAGAAGAGUCCCAAGCCCAGAGCGACCUGUUCCGCCAACUCCUCAGGUUUCAGAAGACAGAGCAGACCUGCAUGAGACAUGGGGCGCCUUCCCAGUGCCCUGAUGCGCACACCCGGCUCCCGCUCCUCCCAGGGUGCUUCAGGUUCAGGAAGGUGUAGAAGGUUGCCCCGAUACAGCUCGCCAGCCCUGGGGCGCCGGGCCGGUCGGUCAGUCAGUCGAGCGCGCGGCUCUUGAUCUGGGGGAGGCAAGUUCCAGCCCCACGUUGGAUGUGGAGCAUCUUUCAAAUCGAACAACCUUCACAGCUCGGUGUUUCUCGUGGCAGACAGGGCUCCCUGCGUAAGUUUGUCCCUCAGGAGAUGCUGCCGCGCCAAGGCCUGAGAGGCCCCAGCUCCGGGAGGCCUGCCGAGCUCCCGCCUCGUGGGCCAGCGGGGCCGGUGGCCACCGUGCUCCGCUCGUGGUGGGUGCGGCGGGAACGCGGGUCACAGAGCUUGUUUGUGUUGUGUUUCAGGGCUCUCUUCACCUACGAGGGUAACAGCAAUGACAUCCGUGUGGCCGGCACUGGGGAGGGGGGCCUGGAGGAGAUGGUGGAGGAGCUCAACAGCGGGAAGGUGAUGUACGGCUUCUGCAGGGUGAAGGACCCCAACUCUGGUCUGCCCAAGUUUGUCCUCAUCAACUGGACGGGCGAGGGUGUGAACGAUGUGCGGAAGGGAGCGUGCGCCAACCACGUCAGCACCAUGGCAAGCUUCCUGAAGGGGGCCCAUGUGACCAUCAACGCGAGGGCUGAGGAGGACGUGGAGCCCGAGUGCGUCAUGCAGAAAGUGGCCAGAGCCUCGGGUGCCAACUACGCCUUCCACAAGGAGAGCGGCCGUUUCCAGGAUACAGGCCCUCAGGCCCCGGUGGGCUCCGUGUACCAGAAGACCAACGCCAUAUCUGAGAUCAAAAGAGUUGGCAAAGACAGCUUCUGGGCCAAAGCAGAGAAGGAGGAGGAGAACCGCAGGCUGGAGGAGAAGCGGCGGGCGGAGGAGGAGCGGCAGCGGCUAGAGCAGGAGCGCCGGGAGCGGGAGCUGCGUGAGGCCGCCCGCCGGGAGCAGCGCUAUCGGGAGGAGCAGGGCGGCGAGGCCGGGCCCCAGAGCAGGAAGAGUGAGCAGCAGGAAGUGGUUUCAAGGAGCCGAGAGGAGCAGGAGCCAGUCAGCCAGCCAGCACACCCACGCGAGAUUUUCAGGCAGAAGGAGAGGGCCAUGUCCACCACAUCCAUCACGAGCCCCCAGCCAGGCAAGCUCAGGAGCCCCUUCCUGCAGAAACAGCUCACCCAGCCGGAGACCCACCGCAGCCUGGAGCCCACUCAGGCCUCCUCGAGGCCCAGGGCAGAUGUCCGCGAGGACCCGGCGCCCAGCCCUCCGCCGUGUCCAGUGCAGGCAGAAGAGGAGGCUGUGUACGAGGAGCCUCCAGAGCAAGAGACCGUCUAUGAGGAGCCCCCGAUGGAACAGGUGCCGCAGCAAGACGCCGGCUCUGAGCACGUGGACCACUACCCGGGGCUGAGCGGCAAAGGGCUCUGUGCGCGGGCCUUGUACGACUACCAGGCAGCUGAUGACACGGAGAUCUCCUUCGACCCCGAGAAUCUCAUCACGGGCAUCGAGGUGAUCGACGAGGGCUGGUGGCGUGGCUACGGGCCGGACGGCCACUUCGGCAUGUUUCCGGCCAACUAUGUGGAGCUCAUCGAGUGAGGCCCCUGCUGCUGGCUGCGCCGAGGCCGUCUCCUACCCUUCCCCCCACGCGUGCUUCUCUUACUGCCGGGGACGUGACGUGCGUGCCGCGAGAGCCACACGGCACUCCUCUGGGCAUGGGACCCCCCGCAAAGAAGACAAGCCCUUGGGAUCUCUCAGACUAGGGUGCUCAGCUUGUCACUCUGGAUACAGCAAUACCCUGUGAUCCCCAAAUGUGCUCUGGCUGCCCUGGGCCCUCCCAGCCAGCCUGGCCUCUGAUCCCCGCGGAGGACAGGGAGCCGUGGUGUGGCCUCGCCGGGCGGUCUGAGCAGGGGCCUUUGCCUUGUGGUUCCUCUCCUCCUGGCCCUAAAGGGUGGUGGCUUCGGCUGGUAGCAGUCUUUGGGAACAGUGACCUUAGCAUUUAGGACCAAAGUCUGGGUGGGUCGUGAGGGUUUGGGCAGCAGGUCGUCUUUCUGGGUCCUACCCUGUGCCCCUGUUCCCCGUUCCUCCGCCCGGGGCUGCAGACUAUGCGAAGUGGUGCAGGGAUGACCCCAUCCGAGUGUGUGAUCAGCAAACCCACGUCCAUCUGUGGGGUGCGCCCUGUUCCACCGGCCCCGGUGUGUGCUGUCACCGGAUUCUGGUUCCGGGGGAGUGACCAGAGGGCCGAUGCCUGCUGUCGCACCCUGUCCGUCCCAGCCCACCUGUGUCUGCUUCCAGAGUGAGCACUGCCCUACUGUGGCCUGAAUGCCGCCGUGUGGAAAUCAGCCCCUUCCCCGGGGUGUGUGGGGGUGUGUGCAGGUGGGUGUGCCGACUGUGGCCACUAGGAGAGGCAUAAAGGUCAAGAUGUGACUCAC